AUGCUUCAUAAUAGCAUAAUAGCAGAGUUUCCUGAUGUAGAAGAAUGCUUACUCACCUGGUUCAAACAGUGUCGGGACAAAAACAUAAGUGUAUCUGGGCCUCUCUUACGCGAAAAGGCAGAAGAAUUUUCAAAAUCACUGGGACACAGUUCUUUUCAUGCCAGCAAUGGUUGGUUGGUGAAUUUUAAGAAGCGUCAUGAACUUGUGUUUAGGAAAGUUUGCGGCGAAAGUGCAAGCGUCAAUAACGAGAUAUGUGAUGAAUGGAUAAUUGAGUUGCAGAGUUUAUUGAAGGAUUAUGAACCAAAAGAUGUCUUUAAUGCCGACGAGACUGGCCUUUUCCAAGUGCUUACCUGA